AUGGCCUCGGAAAACCUGUUUCCCAGGCCGCCCUAUGACGCCCAGCUGAUCCCGGCCCUGAGCCGCACGACGGCCUAUCCGCGAUCACGGGAUGACAUAGUUCACGGGCGGCAAAUACGGGCGACCGCAAUGGCACCGAUGCAAGCGGCCGUACGAAACGACAAGGAGUUACUAGUAGAGGACCGUACCAUCCCCGGACCCGGCGGCGAGAUCCCCAUCGUCAUCCUGCAAUCCCGGAACCCCAAGAUGGCCAGCGGCCCACGUCCAGGCAUCGUCUUCUACCAUGGCGGCGGCAUGGUCCUCGGCGACGCGUUCCUGGGCAUCCAGCCAUUUGCGCGCAUGGCAAAGGACUUUGACGCCGUUGUCGUCAGCGUAGAAUACCGCCUGGCCCCGGAGCACCCGGCCCCCGCGCCGCAGGACGACUGCUACGCCGGCCUCCUCUGGACGAGCGAGCAUGCACAGGAGCUUGGCAUCGAUCCCGCGCGCCUCAUGAUCGCGGGCGCCUCGGCGGGCGGCGGGCUCGCGGCGGGCGUGGCGCUGAGGGCGAGGGACACGGGCGGACCGAAGCUCUGCGCGCAGCUGCUCGUGUACCCGAUGCUCGACGACCGGGACACGGGCGUCGCCAAGAGGCAGUUUCGGGACGACACGGCGUUUGACGCGCUGGAUAACAACGCCGCGUGGGCUUGCGUCCUGGGAGACAACGCGGGCGUGGAGGACGCGGACGUGAGCCCCUAUGUUGCGCCGGGGCGGGCUACGGAGCUCUCUGGGCUGCCGCCGGCGUAUAUCGAUGUCGGGACUGCGGAGCCCUUUCGGGAGGAAAACGUGGCGUAUGCGACGAAGCUGUGGGAGAGCGGCGUGCAGGCGGAUUUGCACGUCUGGAGCGGCGGGUUCCACGGGUUCGAUCUACUGGGCAUGGCUGUCGGGUCGGAUGUCGCCAAGGCUGCUCUCGAGACGAGAAUGGGAUGGGUCAGCAGGAUAUUUGCUGCUAGUUGA